AUGGAUCCAGAUGCAGUGAAGUCGACCCUUUCAAAUCUGGCAUUCGGGAAUGUAUUGGUGGCUGCUGCUAGAGAUUAUAAGAAGGAAGUUCUUGCAAAUGAAAAGGCGCAAGCUUCAAAUCCUGCCAAUGAGGAGGUUGAUUUUGACGAUUUGAUGGAUGAUCCAGAGCUAGAAAAGUUGCACGCAGAUAGAAUUGCAGCACUCAAGAGAGAAGUGGAAAAGAGAGAAAGGUUCAAAAGGCAAGGACAUGGUGAAUACCGAGAAGUAAGCGAGGGCGAUUUCUUGGGAGAAGUCACAAGGAGUGAGAAAGUGAUAUGUCAUUUCUACCACAAGGAAUUCUACCGGUGCAAGAUAAUGGACAAGCAUCUGAAGACCCUUGCACCCAGACAUGUGGAUACAAAGUUCAUUAAGAUGGACGCAGAGAACGCUCCCUUCUUCGUCACCAAGCUUGCAAUCAAGACCUUGCCGUGUGUUAUCCUUUUCAGCAAGGGAAUCGCCAUGGAUAGGCUUGUCGGGUUUCAAGAUUUAGGGGCCAAGGACGAUUUCAGCACGACGAAGCUGGAGAACGUUCUGGUUAAAAAAGGAAUGCUUAGCGAGAAGAAAAGAGAGGAAGACGAGGAGGAGUACGAGUAUCAAGAAAGCAUACGUCGGUCCGUUAGGUCUUCAGAGAAUGUCAACUCUGAUUCAGAUUGA